UAGACGAAAACUGUUAAGAGCAUUGUUUUCUUUUUUUUUUUUUGGUUCUUGCUUUCUUGCUGCAGCACCAGUCAUUGCUUCUUAAUUUGACAUUGUAAAACUCAGCAUGGUAGUAUUUAGUAUUCAGAUUGCCAGUUACCCUUAAUUAUUGUGAUGACAUGAGCAGAGUUUAUCAGUCUCUAUCAGUGUUAAAGUCUGUUUUUUACGUCAGUUUAUUACAAAGCAGCUAAUUAUCGCUUCUUUAAUGGCAGGAUUUUUUGCUGAUAAGUCUACACCUCAGUACUGGCAUUGUAUUUUUUCUUGUUUGAAUUCAUUUUUCAAAAAAAUGCUGUGUUGAAAACAUAAUGACAUUCAAUAAACCUUUUUUGAGGUAUUUGGUUUUAUGUUUCCUUUUUUGAAUUUACAGUUUUUUGAAAAUAUGCAUUAUUAAUGAUUUGUGAAUAAUUAUGUGGGAUAUGGAGCUGUUGUUGACUCUGGAACGGAUCCGGUGCAGAUGCAACAAGUCAGGGCCGGAUCCGUUCCAGAGACAGCUGCUUAUAUCAAUUUGAGCUUGGACCUCUUCUGAACUGGGUCUGUGCCACAUUUGGGCCAGAUAUGAAGAUAAAAUUCAGACCUGCACCAAUUCAGGGCCAGAUGUAACGCUGUUCUUUGCUCAUCUGGGACAGUUUUUAAUCUGUUUUGGCGCAGAUCCGUAAAACAGAUCAGUUCCGGUAUUGGGCCGUUGUGCAAAAAGACACCGGGCUGUUGCGGAUCUGGACCGGGUGCAGCGCUACAUUUGGCGCAGUGUACAUUUGUUGUCUGGGUAGGGAGUAGGGAGCGAUUUGAGACGGAGCUAAAAAGAGAACGCGCCCGUUCGCCCCGCUGAAACUCUCAGCAGUGAACAGCAAUAAACUCCAACCAGCACCGAUAAACAUCGCCGAACGGCUUAGAGAUGAUCAAUAAAAACUACGGGUUUUAUUUAAUGGGGUUUAUACAAACACAUAGGCACGCGCACACACACACACACAUACAUAUAUAUAUAUAUAUAUAUGUAUGUGUGUGUGUGUGUGUGUGCGUGCGUGCGUAGAGUAGAGUCUGGUUUCCAUAGUAACCGAGCAGCGUCUGUGACGUCACAAAGGGGCGGGGCCUUCUUAUAAAUAGCGGGACUUUUCAGCCUCGUGUUCAGUCGGUUUGUUGACCUCAUAGAGUUCGGAUGUGCGACGUCGUUUAUCCAGAACCCAAAGUAUUCUCAGACAGAACAGCGCGGAUCUUCUCCCGUACACAACCAGAUAAAAGGAGAGUCUAACAUGGCGGAGAAAGCUCUUCGUAAUGCAGCAGCAGGUUCUCUCUCGGAGCCUUGUGACUCUGCUAAGUCUCAGGACGUCUCCCGUUUCCUACAGAGCCUGACUGAUCGGCAACUACAAGUGAUGCUAGGCGGAAUGCAUCAAAUGUUCACGAGGGAAAAAAUCACCAGAAUGAACACAAACAUUGAGAAGAUUCUGACCACAGCAUCACAGAAGGUCGUCAUUCCGAAGCUUUGUGAAGUUCUAAAUAUGGAUGCCAGGUCGCUUUUCCUUAAGAGACCAGGAUCCUCAAACCAUUCUUUGGUGUCAGUCACCAAAGAAGUUAUGAAUGCCAUUGUGAAGACCGUCAUUGACACUCUUGAUGCAAAGAAAGAUUCUCACAUGCUUGAGCUUCGUAGAAAUGUGACAGACCAGCUCCUGGCAUCUUCAUGUGGGUCUGUUGAGCCCAGCGCUAAGAAUCUGACGUCCAAAGAUCAGGCACAACUUCGUGAAUGUGCAAAAGAUGUCAUUCUUGAGGUCUGCUCCAUCUAUCAAGCCAAAGAACUCAAGAGUGCGUCAGAUUUGUCUUGCCCUCCAAAGAUGAGCGUCACGGAUUUUGUUGAAUGUUUACUAUCCGAGCUGGGUGACACAACAACAUCCUCUCAGAGUUCACCGAUCAGUGACGAUAUCAGCUCUGAUUCAGCCUGUGGUGCAAGCAAAAGCAUGGCUGAUAAAGCACCUAAAAGAGCUAAGUCCUUUCACAGAAUUCCCAGCCUUAUGAAACUGUCAAAUAUGGCUUGCAAGAUGGAGACUUCCGUUCCUGGACAAACUCUGAGGAACGCGUCCUUAUAUGCCAAAAUCUUUGUGGAUGAGCUGUUAGUCCAACUGGACUCAUUUACAAAGUCUGAGGUAUCUGAGGAUGAUCAGUCAGUACUUGGACAAUGUUCCUCUGAUACAUCUCUCAUGUCUGAGUUGCUUGUAGACCAUUUAAUGGCUUACAUUCAAGAGGUCUCAGGUCCAUCCUUUGGAGACGGCAUACCUGCCACUGCUCUGGAUCGUCAGGUACCUUCUUUCCUUCAAAGCUUCUCAGCUAAGAGCUUCCAAAAAAUCCAGCAUGAGGAUACACGGACCAAGGCAGCUCAGGAAGUGAGUAAAAUCUUACUCAAGUCUUCAAGCUUCCUUGUAAGCCAAAGAGAUUGCAGUGUGGAACCAACUCCGUCUGAAUGUUUGGUCAAGGCAUUCGACCUCGUCGAUUCUGUCAUUGAUGGAAUUUGUGAACAUCUGGAUUCCACGAUAUUAUCCGAUGGUUUGAAAGAAACACGUUCUGAACCUUUGGAUUGGAUGGAAUCAGGUGUUGACGCCUCUGAAGGGAUUCUGUGGUACACUGCGUGUACUACUUACAACAGUGCGAUGAGACACCUAAGGGAUUUUUCUGCAAAGUAUCAGCAGAAAGCACCUAAGGUCGAUCUUUCAGAGAUCAGUGUUGGGGGAACUGUUGACAAGACAUUUCUGGCAAAUAAAGACCACCUUGGCUUGUUGUUGUCAAAUGAUCGCAGCUCAGAGGAACCAAACAUGGACAAACUUUCUUUAGAUCCAGACAGAUCUCGUCAUAUUGUGUCAUCUGAGCACACUGUUUUACUUCCUGGGACCCCUACUCCUGAGUCAUCUAAGGGUAGAGGUAAGAUAUCACACCUUCAAAGACCAUUAGUGAUGGAUGAACAUGAGCCACCCAAGAGCAGAGAGAGAGUUUCAAUGGCCUCUUUACUGGGCACCAUGAUGGCCUCCCUGGGUUUGCAGAGCUCAGGUGCUUUUAACUCUCUUGAGGAGUUAGCUGCAGCAGCAAAAAGAGUGGAGGACCUGUUUUCCACCGCAGCCCCUCAGGAGUUCGCCAAAAUGGUGCAGCUCAUACUGAUGGACAGAUUAACUUCUCUGAACAUGUCAGAGUCUGUUCUUGGCACGAGAAGACGGCAGAAACACACUGACCUACAACGGUCCUUUGCUUCUGAGUUUCUUGUCGAAUUCGCAGACGAGUCGGUAAAAUGUUUGCUCAUGUCUUGCAUGGCCCCUCGACCAGCUUCUACCACUGCUAAAGACAUUCCAAGUCUGGUCAUGCCCUUCAGAGUCACUCCUGAGAGUUUUGAGAUCUCAAGACCCCCAUCUGAGGUGUUUGCUGACACAAUGGAUCUGUUGUCCAAAGUAAUUGUGAACAGCGUGAUGGACAAAGUGUCGGCACUGUCUGAUCAUGAGUUGAAUGCUGUGGAUUCAAAUGCUGAAGAGACACCUGAAAGUGACUCACACAGCUCUGAAAAACUCAAGACAUCUCCUCCAACCAUUUCCGUGGAUGCUCUCCAUUGUUGCAUACGUGCAAUAUUACACAAAGUACAGGAGAUGUCAUCCACUGGGGUUCAUGGAUCUCCUCUCUUAAUUGAUGAGGACCAGGUCCAGAAUGUUACGGACACAGUCAAAGGAAUUUUAGCCCUUUUUACUGCUGUCACAGUAGAAGAUGGAGAACAUGCUCUCAAAAAACUUCACCGCUCCAUCAUUGAUACUGUGUAUGCAGAGGUUCUUCGGAGAAUCGGAUCCGAAAACCAGCUCAUUGAAGCUGUAAAAGCCCAGAGUGAGCUGUUGGCAGGAUCUCUGGCAGUCUCCAUCGUUAGGGCAAUUAAGAAUGCAGACCCUAAAGACUUGUACCGUCCUACGUCGGUUAAGUCUGGUUCCUCUCCCUCUAUCAAAGAGGAACCUUUGGUCUCCAGCCAGACCAUUGACGAUGUUUUGUCACCAAGCCAAGUGUCAAGCAGAUGCUUGCUUCAGUCGGACACAAAGGAUCAAGCCAGCCUGGCAACUUGGCUGGUUCUUCGAAAUCUGGCGCAGUCAGCAACACCUUCAUUAGACCUGACAAAAGAAGCGAGCUCCAAGGAUCCGAAAGAGCUGAUUGAAAGAAUUCUCAGCGAGUUCUCUGCAUCCUCUGGUGCUGCAAAGCUAGAGGAAGUUCUAAGCGACAACGCCCUCAUGUGA